AUGGGGGCGCUCUGGUCGCGCAACUUCACUGCUGCAGAUGACGUUCAUAUAGAGGUCAUCAGUAAAGUCGCCACAAUGGAAACGAGUGGGGCAGCCGUCGACAAAGCGGUGAAAGCAGACAAAGACAUCCUUCUUCUUGCCGGUGUCAUCGGCGAUACAGCCUUCCUGCACUCUCUGCCCGCAGCUAAGCAAAACAGCCUCGUCUCUUUUGCUCCGUUUACUGGGUCCACUUUGGUGCGUGGGUGGAACCCCAACGUGUACUUUGUGCGCGCUGAUCCUGCGACAGAGCUGCUGGCACUUCUCCGCUACGCCGUGGCUGAGCUGCGGGUGCUUCGGCUGGGCUUCAUGUACCUGCAGGGUGUCUCCUUUGGCGAUCGCGAGUACGAGCAGGCACAAAGUGUGAUGUCGGCGAUGGGCUACGCGCUGAGCGGCGUCUUCACCGUGAAGAGAGCUGCGCAAGGUGGCGCCGACAACAGGGAGUUUGACGAGGCGUGGGAUCAGUUUGCCGCGACUCGGCCGCAGGCUGUGAUUGUGUUUGGCUCGCCUUAUCCGGAAACCAGGAAAUUCAUUGAGAAGAUGCUGACGGACAGGAGCACCGCUGGCGCGUACUUGCUGGCUCCUUCUGCGGUGCAGGACGCCGUUUUGGGGGUGUGGCGUGCUGUCGUGGCUGGCGGUGUCAAGUUUGUGCCCGGGCAGGUGGUCGCGACGGCGACGAACCCGCUGGCGAAGGACACAAGGUACAACGCCAUCCGGCGCUUCCAGGAGGUGAUGAAGAAAUACCUGGCGAACAGGACGGACAUAAAGUCUGGUGCAGGCCAGGGAUUUCCCAACGACGACAAUGCAGGGGAAUUGAUGGUUGCUGCGUGGAUUGCCGGCGAGGUGCUCGCACAGGCGCUGGGUAAUCGCGAAUGGGUGAAGGACCGUAACUCGUUCAAGGCGUCCAUCUUCAACCAACGCCGGUAUUUAAUCGACGACCUUGUGAUUGGCGACUACGGUGGGGAUUGCAGUGCAGUUGCGGUUUCACAGGGCGCCACCUGCCGCUGCAACCAGGGCGGCCACACGGUGUACAUGAAGCGGUUCGUGGAGGGCUACCGUGCAGAGCUGCAGACCGAUGACACAUUCACAGCUGGGCAGCGCCGCUGCGGUGCCAACGGUACACUGUUGUAUGCAACUUUGGAUGGAGUGCUUGCCGUCAUGCAGGAUAAUGAAUGUGUCCAAUUGGCUGUUAGCAGUAUGUUGUGUGGUGCGGAAGCCGUUAUUGUUUCGCAGAAGCAUGAUGCGCCGGGUAUGGUGACGUUCCGUGUGCUAAAUACAUCCAUAGCUGGGGCACAUGACGCUCUAGUGGCAGAGCACAAUGAGCGUCGGGUCCAUUUUGUGGGCGGCGUUGCGACGGAGGCGAUGCUGGACGUGGAGGGUGUGGCCUUCAUUGACCCGCUGCAGC